AUGCAAGUGUGCGAAACCGGUAAUGCCGGCGCUGUCAUUUGCGUGCAUCUGCUGCCAGAUGACGUCUACCGAAUCGAUGUGGACCGAUCUAUUCCCAGCCUGAUACGAUGCCGGCAAGCUGUCCUCCGAGAGCUGGACUUCUCACAAGAUGUAUGGAAGAACCAGCGGCCAGGUCAAGAGACAAGUCCGACUUCACUUUCGGAGCUUGGUCAGGACGGUGCGAGAGAGGAUAUGUCACUGCUGCAAGUCUUCAACCGUAUCCCACCACCGGAUCCCAAUGUGAGCCUGGUUGACGAGGCUCAUGUGCAAGACGCAAUGUACAACCUGCUGGACAGCUCAGUCUGGGGUUUAAAAACGACGCUCUACCCCUACCAACGGAGGUCUGCUGCCCUCAUGCUGCAAAAGGAGGCGUCACCGGAAAAGGUCCUGGACCCUCGCCUGGUGUCUAUGGCUAGAGAUGACGGCUCUCCCUGGUACAUUGAUCCUGUGGCUGGCACGGUACUAUCGGAACCGCGCGUUUACGACGGAGUCCGCGGCGGUAUCUUGGCCGAAGAAAUGGGCUCGGGCAAGACCCUCAUCUGCUUGUCUCUGAUCUUGGCCAGCAAGGACCUACCUACCGAAGCCCCAGAUUUGUACCAAGGCGGUCGCCCACCCGUGCGUCAUCGAGUGGCAUCUCUUGCCGACAUGGCGGCUUCCUGCGCCACCAGACACGCUGCUCCUUGGAAGCCCUUCUUCCAGGUCUCGAAAGAUUUGGACUAUGCGCAUUGCAUCGCCGCUCUUCAGCGCAACCCCGGUUACUACUUGCGGCCUCUGCCGGACGUGCGACGCGGAGCCCGCCGAGCCAGCGAAUUUUGCCAGAAGCCAAAGACGAUAUACCUCAGCUCGGCAACCGUUAUUGUUGUCCCGAGCAACCUGCUCCUUCAAUGGAGACAGGAGAUUGCGAAGCACACGGAUGGGCUCAAGGUACUGGUGUUGGCAGCCGGGGAUGCUCCAGUGCCCAGGCCCAGGGAGCUCCUUGACUACGACAUUCUGCUUUUUUCCCAAAGCAAGUUCGAGAAGAUUGUCAAGACACAGGGCGGCAUCGAUGAGUCGCUUUCUUCUGUGCACUUCAAGCGCUGCAUCGUGGACGAGGGCCACAAGCUUGGAAAUUCCAGGAUUGGGCACAGGAGUAACCUGCUGACCGGACUCGACUUAAUGCACUUUUCGUCACGUUGGAUCGUAACGGGUACUCCGUCCCACGGCCUGUUUGGCGUCGAUGAGUCUCGCCAAACCACAGAUCACGCCCAUAUCGGCGAUGAAUUGCCACAGACAAACGGGGCAGGGAACCGAUCAGCCGCGGAGAUGGAAAAGAAAGACCUGCAGAGACUGGGAUCAAUCUCCUCUCUUUACCUCAAAGCACGACCGUGGGCCAACACCUUCCAGGAAGUGGAAGAUACACCAGCGGACUGGGACACGUAUUUGUUGCUUCCAAAGCACAAUCCUCGCAGCUACGGGCGCUGGGACUGCCUCAAAUCAACACUAAACUCUCUCAUCAUACGCCACCAGAUCGGAGAAAUGGAAGACAUGCUGCCGCCCGUUGACGAGAGAAUUGUCGUCCUCGACGGCUCCUACCAGGACAAACUGUCAUUAAACAUCUUUUCUAUGAUGAUCAUCUUCAACUCCGUGCAGUCGCAAAGGACAGACAUGGACUACUUUUUCCAUCCCCGACAGCGCAAGAGCCUGCUUCAGAUAGUCCACAACCUCAAGCAAACAAGCUUCUUUGGCGGGUCGUUCUUCGCGUCGGAUGAAAUUGCCAAGGCCGUGCAAACAGCCGAAGAGUUCCUGCGGGAGCAGAAGGUGCCAGUGAGCCCCGAGGACGAGUCCUUACUCCGCGAGGCUAUCGAUUUGGGCCAUGUCGCCGUCAAGAACAAGCUGAGAGGGCUCAGCAAUCAGUUCCAUGAAAUGCCCGUGUGCGUCCGGGAUUUUCCUGCAAAGGCGGGUCAGGCAUGGUCGCUGGAUGGCAAAGACGAUGGCACCGUGUGCACUUCGUCUAGCCUGCUUCAGUCACUUCAAAAGCUGCUGUACGAUUCCAUCACUGAGCCACAGAAGCUCAACUCUCUCCUCAACGGCGGCCUGCUCCAGGAAGGGAAACAGGAAAGGGACAAGAUCCUCGCCUCUCAAUCGUCUGACACGGAGCGAAGCGGCAAGGAGAAAAAGAAGAAAAGCUCCGAGACGCUUGCGGGUAACACGAAACUGGGCGAUGACAGUCCGCGCAAGUCGCGUCCACGCGGUGUUGCGACGAAGCCACAGGACGACAUCGAUGUAGAUGACAUGCCUACAGCCCUGCGGUCAACCACAAUUACGUCCACAGUCUCGGCGAAGCUUUCGUACUUGAUCGACUCUAUCACGAAGCAUCAGGAGCGAGAGAAGAUGAUCAUCUUCUACGAGAACGACAACGUUGCCUGGUAUCUGGCAAACAUGCUUGACGUGCUGCAAAUUCAGCACUUGAUCUAUGCAAAAGGAAUAACCACAGAGAGGCGAGCCCAAUACGUGGACACUUUCCACCACAACCCACGCUUCAGAGUACUUCUCAUGGACCUAUCGCAGGCGGCGUUUGGGCUGGACAUGCGCGAAGCAUCGAGAAUCUACUUCAUCAACCCCGUCCUCAACCCGCAGGUGGAGGCACAAGCCAUUGGCCGUGUUCGCCGAAUCAGCCAGCAGAAGCCGGUGUCGGUGGAAACGCUCGUGUUGAAGAACAGCAUCGACGAAGUCAUCUUGGAGAGGAAGAGGCACAUGACACAGGCCGAACACCGCCAAGUCAAGUCGAUCCUGGACGUUCAAAACAUCUACAACUGGAUCAAGAACGCCAGGGUCACGCGCUUGGAUGACACCGACGGCAGUAACGAGUCCCAGAUGGCGCCACUUCGGUCCCGACAGCACGUCUUCGGCCGAGGAUUCGGCAGGUCGGUCCAUCCUGACGAUGGCUUGGUGGCGGUAGAGAGCCCGACGCGGGGGACCAAUGGCCGAGAUGGGCCGUGGAGCUCUGUGGCGAUUGUCGGGACCAAGAGGGCUCAUGAUGUUGGACCUGGAGGGGAUGUCGCGAUCGGAACAGACGAGAAAUUGGCUCUCGUAUCGCGACCAGCGAGACGCGUCCGUUUUGCUGCUGGUUCUGAUGACGAGGAAUGA